AGUCUAAUGUUAUGUAGCUCACAAGCGACCUCGUCUAUGUAGACAAUUAGCCUCAUGCUAGUUAUCGUGCUAGCGAACUUGGCUACUUGUUUAAAUUACACUAUAAAAUGCUUACAAUUGGCUCAACAAGUUAUUUUAUUUCCAUUAUGAAUUAUUUUAUGUAUUUCAUAUCAUAUCUACUUGUCUGUUUUCUGUAGUUAUUACACAAUUUAUUGGUAAAUAUAAUCGUUAGCCUAAUGUUAGCUAACCUGCUAGCGACCUUAGCGGUCAGUUUAAAUUACAUACUAAAAUCCUGAAAGGAGUUGAUGAACGUAGCUCACGAGACUUUAGUUUAUUUCCACAAUAUAAUAUUCAAGCCCAUUAAAAAGUGACUUUUCACAACCCUGACUACUGGAUUUACACUAAAUCCUACUUGGACUAGUGAUUAGUCAGAUCUAAAGGGCUUGGUUGUCUACCUAGAGAACUUCACUAAUCAUUUCAUUUACACAUCAUAAGCCUGUGGACGUGCUGAGGGAAUCAUUGGAUACUCCCUCUCUCCUCCAGGUCGUUGAGCCAAUUCUGCAACUGCCGCCCACCGAACCUCAAGACGAACCUUCAGCCGUCAUUCUGGUAAACAAAUCUUUCAUUUAUUUGCUAAAGCAGAUCACUGGAUUUUACCAGGUUGCAUUUUCUGUAAAGGAUGUUAGUAUGAAUCUGCUAUGAUAAGCAGCUCUUAUGAUCUUCGUGCUCUACAUAUCACAGCCGCUCGAUGCUGGUGAACCGAACAGCGCUUGCUGCGAUGUUCGGUUCGUGUCUGCAGAUUCCUCAUCCUCCCAGUCUGAGCCAGUGGACAUCAGGAGAGUCAUCCCCGGAAUGAUAAGGGGUCCAGAGAGUCGGCUCUGCGGGCUCGAAACCGUAGAGACGCACCACUCGAUUCACAAAGUUGUUGAGCCACAUCUUCAUUUGCUGCCCAACGAACAACAAGAAGACCCAUCAGCUGUUCUUCUGCCACUCGAUGCUGGUGAGCUGAUCAGCGCUUGCCGAAACAUUCAGUUCCUCUCUGCAGACACCUCCAUCUCCCAGUCUGAGUCAGUGAACAUCAGGACAUACCUCUUGUGGAUGAUAAGGGGCCCAGAGUGUCGUCUUUGCUGGUUUACAACCACAAAGACACAAUCCAUCAAUCACAUGGGAUUCCCUUAUCAUACCACCACAGAGGAUUGUUUCACUGGCAUACAGGUUGAAUCUGGGAGGGUUACAGAAUUUAUUUCCUGUAACCGAGUGGAGACCGACAUCAUCGUGCCAGGUUUUUAUUAUGUGCAAACCAUUAAACAGGUGACCUGCACUUACCUGUUUGUGGGUAAAGAUGGGCAAAUGGACACCUCCACUUGGGAGAAGGAAGAGGUUCCCGUUCCAUAUGCGGAGAGUGACGAGAGCUUUAACCCAGAGGAGAUGGAGGUGCCCUUUAUUUGCUGCCAUCUUUCAGACAGAGGGGUUACUGAUGUCGGCCUGAAGCUGCCCGCUCUCCGUGAGGCGUUCGCUACCCUGCUUGCCAGCAUCCACAACCAGAACUUCCUGUUCCUGGUGGGAAAGAAGAUCGUCAUGCGUCUGGCAGCGGCUAACAUCCAGGACGUGGUUGGGGUGAAGUUGGCCUACGAGGCCUUGAUUCGAUUCCUGAGGACGCCUUCUCAUCAGGAUUCGAUUGAGGCAGAGAUCUCCUCCUGUGUCCCCCACUACAACUUCCUGGAUGUUUUUUUUGAGCUGAUUCUGUUCCGCCAUUUCAGAAGUGGCUCAACACUUGAGACAUUUAAUGGAGGAUUCUUGGAGCGCCUGCUCGAGCUCAUCAGCAUGUGGGAUGUGGACGUGUGGGAGCCUGCAGCAGAGCUGUACUUCACAGUGCUUAUCGAUCACCUAACACAGCUUGCUGAAGUACUGUUCUCUCAGCCUCUGGAGCUGUACAGUGACCCAGCAGCCUUAGCCACCACGGUUCAGCAUCUUCUCAAGAAGCACGUCCAGCAGAUGAUGGACACUUUGGAGAAGCUCUGAGCAAUGUCUUUUGUUUAUCGCUUUAUAUUUUCUUCUUCUGAUUCGUUUUAUGUUCGUUCUUUUCCCUCACUUCUUUCCCUACAUUGCUCAAGCUCUCCACAGGUAAGUAUGAAUUCAUUUUAUUUCUAUUUUUGAUUAAGAUUUUAAAAAUCACUUUUCUUUCCUAUAGGUUUGUACAGUCAACCCCAGGACUGAAGACGGGCUUAACCCUAGGAUCCCUCAUCCCUUAAUAAUUAUCCCAUAUUAAUCUAUCCCUCUAUUCCUGUCCCACUCCCCUAUUCCUAUAGAUACUAAAUAGGUUAAUAGAUUUUUUUGUAAAUAAACUUAUUGUUAUA